CCUGCUAAUGGAGGCGUACAUACGACAAAAGCGUGCUUCUCCUGGCAUGGUGCAGGCCAGUGACUUACAAAUAACCCGUCCUAUGUCCGGGCUGCGCACAACAACGGCUAAUAGCCGCGAGUUGCACGCUUACGACGGUCCAAUGCAGUUCAUCAGCUCGCCACACAACCCCGAUCAAUUAUUAAGUAAUACCACUACCAACACAACGCCAACGAAUACCACCGUUAUCCCCAGCAGCAACAUGGUCAUCUCGAAUGGGCGAGAACGCGGCAGUAAUUCGAACAAUAUGCGUCCGCGAACAGCUCAUAUGACGAGUCACAUCAUCAAUCAAGAGGAUUUAAUUGAGGAAAUAUCCUCCCAUGAGCUCGAAGACGACGAAAGUAAUCCGGUCAACCAUGUGGCCACCAAUGGACAAAGGCAAAGACAACGCCAACAACAACAAUUGCAACAGCAUCACCAACACUCCUACAGUCACGACCAGGAUAGCAGCACACUGGACGAAGACGAUUACGUGAAUCGCAAUAUCGAGGAAGCAGCACCUGUAAUGCCAUUAAAUCAUAGCAUCGCAAAUAGCAUUGCAUCACAUACGAACAGCACUACCAUUGUCGCAGCCACCAGUGCUCGCAGCUCAUCGGCUCAAUCCGCUGGUUCUGCCAACCACACUGCCAAUACCUCGAAUAGUGCGCAACAAACGUCCUCGACGGCGGACGCCAGCGGCGAACCGGAAGGUGACCUCAUCGGCAACAUCGACCAAUUCGUUAUACAACCAGCGGCACAGGGUGUGCUCUUCAAAUGUCGCAUAACACGCGACCGGAAAGGUAUGGAUCGUGGCCUUUUUCCGAUCUACUAUUUGCAUUUGGAGCGGGAUUAUGGAAAGAAAAUAUUUCUCUUGGGUGGACGCAAACGGAAGAAGAGUAAAACAUCCAAUUAUAUUAUCAGCUGCGAUCCUACGGACUUAUCUCGCAACGCGGAGGGCUUCUGCGGCAAAUUGCGUUCCAAUGUGUUCGGCACCUCCUUUACAGUGUUCGAUAACGGCAGCAAGGACAGCACGGAGAAUCCACGACUUGAUUUGGGCGUUAUCAUCUACGAUACCAAUAUCUUAGGUUUCAAAGGUCCACGCAACAUGACAGUAAUACUGCCCGGCAUGACGGAAGAAGAUCAACGCGUAAAAAUCAGUUCAGCCGAUCCCAAACAACAGGGUAUACUUGAUUUGUGGAAAAUAAAGAACAUGGACACAAUAGUGGAGUUGCAUAAUAAGACGCCCGUCUGGAAUGAUGAAACACAGUCUUAUGUACUCAAUUUUCAUGGGCGUGUUACGCAGGCAUCGGUUAAGAAUUUUCAACUCGUACACGAUUCUGAUCCCGAUUAUAUAGUCAUGCAAUUUGGACGUACCUCCGAGGAUGUAUUCACCAUGGAUUACCGUUAUCCAUUGUGUGCACUGCAAGCCUUUGCAAUAGCGUUGAGCAGUUUUGAUGGCAAAAUUGCGUGCGAAUAGAAGAAUGUGACAACGCUGAGAGACGUUGAGAGACAAAGGAGGGGAAAUGGGACUAUGUGGAAUUAAUUAGAAUAGUAACAACAAAUGAUUUGAGGAAUGAAGGAAAUGGUACAGAUUAGAAAGAAGUAAGAAAUAAUGCAGAUUUGCUCAAAGAGAAACAGAUCAAAAGAAACUACGGUGAAAAAUCAAAACAAAAAAAAAGCGCAUGAAUUUAACUAAAAUGGUUGCCUUAGUUGAGAGCGUUCGAGGGCGCUGGAAAAUUACCUAUGUAUGUGUGUACGUGCACCGACUUGAUUUACACUAGUAUUUUUUACAUACCAAUUAAGAAGUAAAAGAAGGAAACAAAUAGAAAUACGAAUACAUUUAUACAGUUACCAGAUAUAAAUUAUGUAAUUUGAAAGAAAUAACUAAUACUCGUAAUAGAUCGAAUUGUUGCGAUUCGAUGAGUUAAAGCAAGUCAAAGAAAACCUCAUGCAACAAAAUGUAAUGAUUAUUUUCAAUGCAGCUUUUGAACCACAAACCGUGAUUUGUAUGUGAACUUUGUAGAAAUUUUCGGUUGUUUUUAAUUAUUUUACGCAUUGGUUUCACAAAUGUCACCAUUUACAGCCAAAUCCAAAGAGCAAAGUAUUCAUGCUAUGCUUGUAAUCUUCUUCUGUGUUAGGAAUGAAGACACCAUUUUUUCAAACAUUUUUAUUUUAUUUUUCAACACGCUCCAACCACUUUUUAACACCUCCAAAAAAUAGGAUUUUUCGAACUUUCCCAAGUACACCUCUGUCUCGGCGAUGACUUUCUCGUUUGAACAAAAUUUUUCCUGCAGAUUCGCCGGGAGAAAUCCAUUGUUUUGAUUAUUGCUUAGUUUCUGAUGUGUAAUGAUGAAUUCGGGUUUCAUAAACGGUGCAACUCGACACGAAAAUUCCUUCGGAUCUCGCUUAAAUUGCUUCAAACAACUCUUCGAAGUUAAAAGCCCCAUCCGCUUGUUGUCCGCAGUGAGCAAUCGCCAACUUAUCAUAUAAAAUAUUAAUUGCCGUUCCGGUCGACACACCUAUGGCCUCUAUUUCUUCGCGCACUUUCGUUCGUCGAUCAGCGAGAAUCAUCGUGGACUCUUUGAAUGAUUUCGUCGGUAGCGACGUCUGCCGGGCCUCCUGGUCGUUCCUCAUCAAAAACGGAUGUUCCCCCACGUUUUAAUUCGUGGCUUUUAUCUUCUCGCAUUUUCCCCAUCGAAAAACAAAAAGCGAAUUACCGAACGAUACAGCUCCCUUUUCAUCUUAGCGAAAAUCACGAAACACGUCUUGCUCGAAUAGCUGCUAAAUCCGGGUGAUAGGUUAGCUAUUAAAUCAGUCUGAAAUUUGUUUUGCCGUCAUUUGAAAGAUGGCAGCACACGAUGCUAACACCAACUUCUUCAGCAACACCUUCUGUCAUCAAAGACGGGUACUUGUUGAACCGCCCUCGUAUGCUAUCCACGGCUUCGUCUCUCCAGUUGUGUACGUUCAUUUCCUUAUGAUCUGAUUCGACGUCAUUUAACGAUCUCUUUAGUGGUGCCCUCUUUUUCUCCCUCCAAUGAGUGUUAAAACGAAAGCUUUUCUAGCAUUUCUUUCGGCAUGCGCAAUGCGUUACCAAUCCAUCUAAUCCGUUGGGCUUUGAAAAACCCUAUUAAAUUUUGUCUUGGACGAAAGCGCCGGUUUAUUAAGAAUUGACACAAACAACGCUUUAAGGUUAAAAGUCAAAUGGCAACUCUUUCCUCCAACUUCAGUGAAGUAAAACGUCGCGCCUACUUCAACCAUUUCCUGCAAAAUUUUCAUAAUCGAAAAAGAAAAAUGAUUGAAUAGGUAUACAAAAAUGACGAGAGGUCCUCUUUUAUGUCAUGUAAAAAAACAUAGUAAUAUCAGGUAACUCAUUAGUUAAAAUUAACUGUGCCUCAGACAUACAACCAGUUUUAACCAGCGUUAAAGAAUUUUUUCUCGAAAUUUUGGAUUUUUUAGAUUAUAAUUUUUGCUCUUGGACGAUUACCAAUCCACUUUUUUAAGAGCUUUUCUUUAAUAUUUCCUCAUACCGCCUAGGCAAGUAAAGGAAUAUUAUUUCCAGACUAAACUAAACUGCUUCAUUUGCGGGGACACUAGUCCAUGACUCGUAAACUACCGAUUUGUUUGAAGCGAAUUAUGGUCAAAUGCAACUCGAGAAAAGCCAGCGUUCAGCAAUCAAUAGGAAUCGAAAUGUAGCAUCGAAUGAACGUGCAACAUUUGUUUGAGACUAGGAAGGACUUUGUUUUCUACUGCACGGUCAGCCGAAUUAAAUCAUUUUUUUGUUGGAAUGCCAUUUAUACAUAUAUUAUAUGUAGAAUGAGCACUCCAUAAAGGGAUUUUAAAGAAUUGUAUUACUGGUCCGAUUAAAUUCAUCUUCAGGAAACAUAAAAUAUUAGUUACAUGAGAUAAAAUAUUAGAAAAAAAGGGGCGAGAGUUAAUAUUUUCCCUAUGAUCUUAUUUAUGAUUCAAAGGGCUAAUGAAAGCCUUUUUCCAAUUUUGAUAAAUUUGUUCACUCUUAGUCCUCAGUUCAACGGAAAAGCAUUUGUAAACAUAAGUGCAGUAAGGAAGGAAGGAAAGCUUAAAGGCUCAAACCUCCUUUUAAGAAUUUGAUGAAAUUUCCCAGCUCUAACUUUUAAUAUAAGAAACAUGCGUGUGGCAGAUGGAUCAGAUCAAGGCGGAUGUAUUAUAGGUCAUGGCAUUCACCCAGAUGAUUUUUUCGCCAUAGCUGUGAAUAGCGUCAAAAUUAUUUGUGUUGUUCUGUGUGUUUACUUUGCUUUUGUGAGCAUUGAGAAUGUAAAUUGAAAUAUUCCAACAAAAAAAAACAUAAAAGUGUAUUGCGCUUGAAGAAAGUUAAGCGGGGUAAAGCACUCUUUUUUGGCAUUCCUGGAGGGGAACCGAAAUGGCAAGUGUGGAGGAGAGCAUGCGGAUUUUGAGGUGAUAGAAUUCAAAAAGCAAAAACAAAAUACAAGUAUGUUUUUACUUAUAUGCGGAUGCUAUCACCUGUAAUACAUUCGCUUUGGGCCAUAUUUCACUUAGGGGAAAGCUUCACGUCUGUGAGUAUUUUUUCACUAAAUUUUUAUUUCAUAGAUAUGCAUAUAACUGUAAACUUGCUUGCAACAGCAUUCGUUGAAAUUGUGCAUACUUCCUAGUAUUACCACUACAUCCUUGACACGUUCGUAUUGUGCGGCUAAUAUUCGAGCAGUUGUAUUUUCGUUAGAUUAUAAAAUAAAUUAUAUAAAUUAUAAAAUUAUAUAAUAUUUAUUUCUAGUCACUAAUUUAGCCAUUUAAUUUGGCUGCAUAGUUUUAAAUCGUCAAUAAAAAUCAAAUAAAUUAUUUUACUAAAUUAGGUAAUUCAGUUGAUUCAGUUGCCGAAAAAAAAAUUAUUUUCAAGAAAAUCAUCUACGUACAUGAGUUUUGUGGAUAAUUGUACUUAUUAUUUUAUUUAAGUGGCACUAAAAUGUCAGCUAUGUAGAUAAUACUUAUGCAGCCUGCGAAAAAAUUAUGGUAGCUCUCACAUUUUGGCAAGCUCUGACCAUUAUUUUGCAUUUGAAUUAAUUUUUUAUUAAUUAGUUUAUUUUGUUAUACAAAUGUGGUUCUGUUUUAUGUUUUUUUUCAGUUUUUGUUUCUUUAAAAAAUUUAGUUUAUUCUAUAACAAAGGACAUAUUAAUCCAAGUUUUAAAUAUUGUAAAACAUUCAUAAAAAUUCGACAAUUUUUUAUCAAAAUUUCAAACUUUUUAAUCGGAAUUGAAAAAAUUAAGUGCACAAUUUGGUAGCUAUUAAAUUUUAGUAUAAGAUGGCGCAAAAUUAAUCAUCCAAUUUCGUAUUUGAAUAACUUUUUUACUAUAUACAAAACUUAUUUUGAGUAAUUGAAACGUCUAUUGUGACCUUUACGCGCUCCAUUGCUUGUCUGUUUUAAUACAGCAGCCCUUUAGCCCACAAGUGUCAAAUACCUAUGAUUGACGUACGACGCCAUUUGCAAUUAUUAGACAUAUUGCGAUUGGGUGCAUAUUUAAUGUGUAGUCUGCAUAUCAACGUGCCGCUAUUCGGCGCAAGUCUCUUCACUCACUUCCUCCUCCUCCAAUUGCAUUAAAUGAGAGUGCGAACCCAGAGCAAGCAACUCGAAAACAUCAAUUUGCCUACGCCAAAAAUAUUUGCUGAACAACAACAAUCAAUGUUGUAGUCAAUGAUAAAGGAAAUUGCUGCUCUUAGAGCUGAUACUGCGCAUGUGUUUGACGUGAUCAAUGCACUGCGUAAAAAUAAAGCGCGCUUAACAAGCAAAACUGAAUUUCUUCAGUUGGAAAUUCACUCGCUGUAGAGUAAGUAAGCUUCGCAUUGAUGAGUUGACUUCGUCAAUUACUCUUCUUACUGCGAAAGUUAAUUGUUUGCGAGAAAAUGCUGUAAAGAACUGCAAUUGCACAUGUGUGUAUCUACAGCCUAAUGUUGAGAAUCAGACGGGGAGCGGUAAUAUCUCUCCUCCACUUUGUGCAGGAAAGUUUGCAUUUGUAGCUGCUCGUGCUUUUACUACUAAUAUUAUGCACCCAACAUCUCCUGCUACUGCUGUUAGUACAAUUCUCUUUCUUACUUUUGUUGCUGCUGCUGCUGCUGUUACUAAUAAGAGGAAUAAUUUGCCGACUGCCGAAUCUGCCGUAUGCUCUGUUCGUGUCUCUCGAAUUAGCGGUAUUGCUAAGAGCUCGGGCGUUGUGAUCAAUGACAAAAUUGUAGUUGGUUUUUGAAAAUUCUGUUUUCCCUCUAAUAGUGUUGCGCCUUCUCCAUUAAAAAAAAACGUUCACAGCACGGACAACGAAAAAAAUUAUAAAAAAUCAACUAGCCUUCACAGCAACUUCAAACUAGCACUUUCUUGUAAUAAAAUUUAAGAACUUAUAAAACUGCAUACCAAAUUUUUUUCUAGAAAUUCGAAUUAAAACAAAGUUUAUGGAUCUGUUUAAUUUUUGUAUAAAUUUUUAAAUUUGGAUUUAUAAUAUUUCUGUUAAGCAAUAAGCUGUAGUUUAUUAAAACUAUAAUUGCAAAACAACAACUUAGUCAAAACUGAUAAAAAAGUUGUGGAGUCAUAGUUUUUUCGCACGCUGUAUGUACGAGUCCAUGUACUUAUAUGUCUAUAUAUGUGUAAUAUUAUUUUAUUGCUGCUCUUUAAAGUUGUGGUUCACAGUAUUUUAAUCGAAAUCCUUUACUAAUUUUUUCAACUAAAGCAAUGUAACUAAAUACUAAAUAAGUAGAUAAUAAGAAAAGAUACAAAAAAUACAAGAUAACAGAUAUUUAAGGAAAUGGAAUUUCGAACAAAACACAAAAUGUAAUCAAAAUGAAAAUGAACUUACCAAAUUGUACUUAAAGCCCAAAGAAAUGUAGAUAUAUAUAUAUGUGUGUGUAUGUAUUUAUUAGCGUGAAACAGCUUUAGUAGUAACGGAAACUCCGCUGCUGCUUUCGAACUUUUGAGAAUUUAUUUCGUUAAUAUCCUCGAUAAUACUGAGUACCAACAGUUAGUACUGAUAGGCGCGUUCAUCACUCUGUGCUAUGCGCUUUGAUGUUGUUCCACAUAUCGAGAGAGCUACAGCUUUACGUCCCAUCUGAGAAGAAGCUUUUUCAUUGCAGAGAUGCUCUCAGAAGUUUCCUAUUGCUAGCGGAGGAGAAACCACUAUUAGAGAAACUGGUUUUACGUAAAACUUGUUUAAUUUAUUUGUAAUAAUUUAAAAAUUAAAUAAAAAUAAAUGUAAUAAAUUAGUUUAAAUUAAAUGCAUAAACGCAGUACUAGCCGGUUAUCUAAAAAAUAAAUAAAAAUUCGAAGUGAACGUCAAUGAAAAAAUUAAAGCAAUACAAGGAAUUGGUACUUAAUUCCCAUUAUUGUUCUUGCUCUACUGCAGCUACCCUGGCCGUGCCUUGGUAUCUAACUUAUGAUGAUAUCACUAUUCCGUUGCAGAAUUAUAGAAACACACAGUUUUAACAUUUUAAUUUUUUCUUAUUUAUUUUAAUUUUUUUUUCUUUUUAUAAAAAUAUAGUUCAUUUUUUGAAAAACUCACAUAAAAAAGUUUCAAACUUUCUAAAACUAAAACAAAAGUUUAAUACAAUUUUAAUAUUUUUAAUCAGUAUUUCUAAAAAAUUUUCAAGCAUGCAGUUAUAAGUCCAUUGAAUUUUAAUGCAUUAAAGUGCAAGUUAAAGCGGCUCUAAAAUCGCGUUCACGUGCCACGCAUUCGUUAUGUGGAGAAAAUGCGUAAUACCGUCAGGGCAAAAAAAAAUUUGCAAAAAUAAACGAGAAUUUUUUUGUGAUAAUUGUAGAUCUUGGAAUGAACUAGAAGUGAGCGAAACUCUUGAACACCUUCUAUGUUCUUGCCCUGCAUUAGCUAGAACCCGAAUGAAAUGUUUAGGAGCUCUUCAAUACGAGAUGUUAGAAUGUCUAAAGGGUUAGAGCUUCAGAGUUUACUUAGAUUCACAAAAGACGUAGGCUUAUUACAAGAAGCCUACUACAAGGAAACGUAAGGGUCAAGCUCCAUCUGGUACCACUGAGGACGAAUAGGUCUAUGUGAUGGCUUUCAGCCAGCCAAUCUAACCUAACCUAACCAAAGAAAAUUUGAGCUAUUAGAAACGUGCACUUUAUUAUGCUAAAAUUUAAGGGAUACAAAGCUGUGCACCUAAUUUCGUUUUUAUAAUUCUGUAUAAAAAUUUUGUAGCGUGGACAUUGAUUUGGUUUUUCUUAUGAACUGUGGUUUUAUAAAAAAAAAUUAACUGAUAUAAAAAAUUAAAAUAGUGAAAACUUGUCAAAAUGUGGGGUGGUUCGAUAAUUUUACAACGGGGGUUAUAUCGAUGUUUUCCCGUUGCGCGUGAGAUCUACUGCUGCGCGUUACAGUUGGUGAAGUGUCAGCAGUGAUCAAGAUUUCAUUUUAUUUAUUCGCACUUUUCUUUUUUAAUGGGAGCUUUUGAGAGCUUUUAAGAGUUUGACCACUUGAAGUAAUAAUACAAAGCAGAAAUAUUCGUGGAAUUAAUUGUUUUUAUAUUAUUUUUUUCAUAAUCUGGUAGAUCAUUUCAUGGCAUUUAUUUUCUUUUUAAUCCGAUAUCCGUCAUAUGUCUGCUGUGGCUACGAACUACAUGGUCUAUUCGAUCAGUUAAAUUUUUGACUACUUUCUCCAAUAAAUCUAAAUAGUAAACCUAAAUGAGCCCAAUCAGUAAAAAUUCGGCGCAAACGAUGGUCGUUUAGCUUAAAUUCUUGCACGAACUGUGUUUUAUAGGCACGUAAGCCAUGAUCCUUACCUCAAAUUUUCCGCGUAGUCAAAGAACAAAGGCCAACAAGUUGAAAAGGACGACGAAUCGACAUUUCGGCCUCUACUUCAGCACUUCACUCUAAAAACUUCGCGAACAGAUUUAGUUUUUUCAUUACAAUUUGGAAGCGUGAAUUAUUCAUGAUGACUUACAAAACCUUACUGAAUGGAAAUGUCAACACAAUUUGACAUUCUCAGCUAUCAAAGCAUAGUUAUCGAUGAUAGAAUAGAUAAUAUACAUCUUUUUACUUUUACAUUUUUCUUCGCACUUAACGGCUUCUGCCAGGUUCAACCCGGGUGCAUACAAUUAAAAUAGGGACGAAAAGCUGCAUUAUAAAAACGACUGCUUUUAGUUGGCAUAUAAUUUUUAACUCUCGUCGUGCAGACACACACAACAGAGGCAGUUGCAAGCCAAAUAAAUGGUAAUGUAAACGGCUCAUUAUUCAAACGCAAUCGAAAAUUCCCAAAUAUUAGUUUGGGGAAAAAUAAACCCGUUAUUUUCUCCGUAGUGAUCGAUUUCUCGUAAAGUAUCGAUCAAACAAUUUAAAAGUUCAUGACCGUUGUCAAGGUGACAUUUCACACUAAAAAAAUUAUUUUGCUGCUCUUUGUUUGUGUCAUUCAUUUGUGAGCUACAGGGUGUUAACAAUGGAAGUCAACAAAGAGGAAAUUCGGUACUUUUACUCUUUUCCUUUGCUAAAAGUGGAAAUGCAAGUCGAAUGCGAUCGACCAUAAAACAGUUUUAAACCAUUUGCGCAAAAAUGUUACGCAAAAAUAAUGGAUUUCUUUUCGCCCAAACGAAUAUUACCCAAAUAAAAAUGUAGAAUACGAUUUAUAAUUAGAUUUUGAAAUGAAUUUUUUUUUUUCACAGUUGAAUUUAAGAGAUGUCCUUUUCUGAAGAUGAGUCCCAUAACAUUUUUUUUUUUGUUUUUUCAAUAAAAGAAACGCCCUUUUUCACAUACAUACAUAUGCAUUUAUAAAAGUUUAGGUGAUUCACUUAGGCGUCGUAAGUAUCAAACGUUGACUUAUGUGGUAGAGUUUCUAACGGUUCAACAAAUAUUCAGUGGAAUCAAAACCACAACCAACUAGAGGGUGGCACAAAAUUAAUCAACCUAUCGAAAGAUUUAUAAUUUUUGCAAAUGGUGUCGUACGUCAAACAUAUUUGACACUUGUGAACUAUACUCAUACAGCUGCAGUACACAAACAGUCAAGCAAUGGGGCACGUGAAGGUCACAAUAGAGCUUGCUAUCGCUUAAAAUUACGUUUUUUUUUUUAUUUUCUUAUUUAGUAAAAAAGUUAUGCAAAAACAAAAUCGGAUGAUUCAUUUUGCGCCACCUUGUAUAUAUUUUUUUUAUUGUGUGACGAUUCAUACCAUGACUUGUACGGUACCUAGCAAGCCCCUAAAUAUAUUUUUAGCCAUUAAAAGUUUAUGACAAACAACAAUACGAGCUUGUGAAUACCCCAAUUGUGUACUGACUUGUUAUGAGUUUUAAUACUAUGUAUAUGCAAAAUGAAAAAUACUACCUACCUACCUAGACAUACACGCUAUUCAUAUGAAAAAGUAUAUUUAAGUUGUGUAAAAAAAGUCAAAGCAAUAAAGAGA